AACUCACUUGAAAAGUACACCAACACAGCAGUACAAAAGCUCGAGCUCGCUGGACUGUAGUCAGUGACACUCGAAGCUCUUCAUCCAUGGCGCUCCAGCUCCUCCCCUCCACUCUCUCCGUCCCCAAGAAGGGCAGCAGCUUGGGCGCCGCGGCCAAGGAAACGGCGUCGUUCGUCGGCGUGAGCCGGAAAGCACCAUUGUCACUGGCGGUCAGGACACGCGUCGCAACUGCGCCGCCACCGGUGUCAACCCCUGCCCAAGGCGCAACCACGUCGUCACCGGGCGCCAAGAAGACGCUGCGCCAGGGCGUGGUAGUAAUCACCGGCGCGUCGUCCGGCCUAGGCCUGGCGGCAGCCAAGGCGCUGUCCGAAACAGGGAAAUGGCACGUGGUGAUGGCGUGCCGGGACUUUCUCAAAGCCUCCAAGGCCGCCAAGUCGGCCGGCAUGGCCACCGGCAGCUACACCGUCAUGCACCUGGACCUGGCAUCCCUGGACAGCGUGCGUCAAUUCGUCGAGCACUUCCGGCGCACGGGCAUGCCGCUCGACGCGCUCGUCUGCAACGCCGCCAUCUACCGCCCGACAGCCUCCACGCCCACAUUCACCGCCGACGGGGUCGAGAUGAGCGUCGGCGUCAACCACCUGGGCCACUUCCUCCUGGCCCGGCUCCUCAUGGACGACCUCAAAUCCUCCGACUACCCGUCCCGCCGCCUCGUCAUCGUCGGCUCCAUCACCGGCAACGACAACACGCUCGCCGGCAACGUGCCUCCCAAAGCCGACCUCGGCGACCUCCGCGGCCUCGCCGGCGGCCUCUCGGGCUCCUCCUCGGGCUCCGCCAUGAUCGACGGCAGCGCGAGCUUCGACGGCGCCAAAGCCUACAAGGACAGCAAGGUCUGCAACAUGCUGACGAUGCAGGAGUUCCACCGGCGGUACCACGAGGAGACCGGGAUCACCUUCGCGUCGCUCUACCCCGGGUGUAUCGCGACCACGGGGCUUUUCCGGGAGCAUGUGCCUCUGUUCCGGGCAUUGUUUCCGGCGUUCCAGAGGUUCAUCACGAAAGGGUUCGUGUCGGAGGCCGAGUCCGGGAAGCGGCUGGCGCAGGUGGUGGCGGAGCCGAGCUUGACGAAGUCUGGGGUUUAUUGGAGCUGGAACAAGGACUCGGCGUCGUUCGAGAACCAGUUGUCCAAGGAGGCUAGUGACCCCGAGAAGGCACGCAAGGUGUGGGAGCUCAGCGAGAAGCUCGUCGGCCUCGCGUGAUUGACCGGCCGGGGAUGAAGAAGAUCGAUGGAUUUGUGGUUUCUAAAUUUGUCGCACCGGUUUCAACACAUUUGGUAAUUAAGGUUUUAAAAAAAUUAGGAACUCAAUGACACGCUUGUACGAGUGUGUCCGCGACAGAGCAUGCAGUCUCGCGCGUGAGUGAAAGAGAAAGAUGUACUGUACAAUUUUUCGGCACCAUGGAAUAAAACUGCAGGUCCUGCCUUCUUUAAUGAA